AUGGCUUCAUUCGCGCAUUCGGCACCACCUCCAAGCGAAAAGGUCAAAACUCACAGAUACUCUGCUGAAGAAUGGGAAGUGCAGAAGGCCAAUAUUGAACGUCUAUAUCUGGCCGAGAACAAACCUCUCAAGGAGGUCAUCCAGUCACUUAGCCAUGACUAUGGUUUCACUGCAACUGAGAAGCAACUCAAGAGUCGGCUCACAAACUGGGGUUUCGAUGUCAAGAAUCUGAAGGGAGACACCAUGAUAGCGCUCGCUCGUACCAAGGCGAAGCGCGCCCUCGAAAACAAGAAGAGCUCAUUCCGGGUGAACAGAAAGCCGGUUGAUGACAGAAAGAUCGAUCGUUAUCUCCAAAGAAACGCCAUCUCCGAAGAACAAUUACUUUCAAUGACCAGUCCUGUCAAUGGUACGUGA